GGGGUACCGAGGGGGUUCCUAGGGGGUACAGGCAGCAGUCGUGCGGGAGGAGCGACAUAGCACGUUCUGGUUGUUUUGCAACAACGGUCGAAGCACGCUCAUCUACCUCGCUCGGCCAAGCAGCAUGGCGGUCCCGGUGCUGCCCCUGACCUGUCUGGUGCUCCUGAGCCUGGUCAGAGUCUCCUCUCAAAUCCAAUGGUUCAAGUUUCUAUGGGUCCCAGAGACGAUCUCACCCACUCCUGCUGUCACCACACCUGCACUCUUCACUACAGCUUCAGAGGAGAGUAUAGCCUUCCCAACCUCCCCUUCUCAGCCCACAGAGGGAUCCAGCAAAGCCCGAGCUAAGAAACCUCUCCGAAUGUGGAAGAGUGAGCGAGGGUCCAAGGGUCAUCUAGAGCUCACUGAGCUAGUUGGCGUUCCUCUUCCUCCUUCUGUGUUCUUCAUCACUGGCUACGAGGGUUUCCCUGCCUACAAUUUUGGGCCCAAUGCUAAUGUAGGUCGACUGACCCAGUCCUUUGUACCUGAGCCCUUCUUCUUGGACUUUGCUAUUAUUGUCACCCUCAAGCCCUCCAGCUCUCGAGGAGGGGUCGUGUUCGCCAUUACGGAUCCCUCCCAGAAGAUCGUACACCUGGGCUUGGCCCUGACGCCCGUGGAGGACAAGACCCAGAGGAUUGUACUGUAUUACAGCGAGCCAGGGUUUGCUGCCACCGUGGAGGUGGCUUCCUUUAAAGUGCCUGACAUGACACAGCAGUGGAACCGCUUCACGCUGACUGUCGAGCAUGAGGAAGUUCGGCUGUAUAUGGACUGUGAGCAGUUCCACAGCGCACCCCUGAAGAGAAGCCAGCAGCCCCUCAGCUUUAAGCCGGGCUCAGGCAUCUUUGUGGCAAAUGCCGGCAGUACUGGCCUGGAGAGAUUUGUGGGCUCUAUCCAACAGCUGGUGAUAAAACCAGACCCCAGGGCAGCAGAAGAGCAAUGUGAGGAGGAUGACCCCAGCGGGGACAGAAGUGGUGAUGGUGAUUAUGACGAUCAAGAAGAGUAUGGGAGACGUACAGAAAUCUUUGGUCAGACAAAUGAGAAAGAAGAUAAAGAAAAGAUGCAUAGACCCACCUCUCCUGUGCAAGCCCCGCCCACUGUGUCACCUGAAGAGGAAGAGGGGGAGUUCUCAGGACAUGUGACCCCUAAAGACAAAAGGCUGCUUGGAGGGACUUAUCACACAGAUGGAACGGGGGAGAGUACAGGGGAUGGUUUAGGCCAGGGACAAAAAGGGGAGCGUGGAGAACCUGGACCUCCAGGCCCCCCCGGACCCCCUGGACCAUCCCUUCCACCGAGACAUUCAGGGCAGCCUGGACAGAGAGGCCCACCAGGACCAAUGGGCCCACCAGGAGGACGAGGCAGAACAGGGAAAGAUGGGCAAUCUGGAAGCAAAGGUGAAGAAGGAAAACCAGGACAGAGAGGUCCACUAGGACUUCCAGGAUUACCUGGAGAAUCUGGAGUUAAAGGAGAAAAGGGUGAUCCUGGGAUAGGUCUACCUGGAUUGCCUGGUCCACCAGGGCCUCCAGGACAACCAGCGUCAUCCAACCCAAUUAAAGUUUCAUAUGGAUUUGAUGCUCUCGGCUCUGGUUUUGGAGACGUUGACACUGAUACCGAACGUCUUAGAGGUCCACCUGGUCCUCCAGGCCCUCCUGGGAAACCUGGCCCACCUGGUCCCAACAGCCGCUUUGGGGGUUUGCUCCCUGGACCUCCAGGUGCCCCUGGCAAGGAUGGCAGAGAUGGGCAAGCUGGACAUCCUGGUAUGCCUGGCCAGAAGGGAUUAAAUGGACAACAGGGUCUGAAAGGAGCAAAGGGUGAACUAGGAAUAAGAGGCCCAGCUGGACUUAAGGGUGAAAAGGGUGACUCUGGCCUGAGAGGUCCAUCUGGCCCUAUUGGACCUAUUGGGCCAAGGGGUUUACCUGGACCACCUGGCCCUCCUGGCCCACCAGGGCUCUCGAGCAACAAUUUCAUGGUGGACACUUUGAAGGAUUUGGAGGGUUCUGGGGAAAGUGGAUUGUUUCUCGGAGCCGGAAUUUCAAAAGGCUAUCAAGGGCAUCCUGGUCUUCCUGGCCCACCAGGAUCUCAGGGACUUCCUGGAGCUGACGGAGCCCCCGGAUUGUCUGUGAAGGGUGAACCUGGGUCCCCUGGACCUGAUGGAAAACCCGGAUUAGCCGGUUUACCAGGAGCCAGGGGGCCAAAGGGAGACAAAGGCAGUCCAGGAGAGAAGGGUGAACGAGGUCGUGAUGGACUGAGCGUCACAGGGCCUGUUGGCCCCCCUGGCCCUCCUGGACCAAUCAUUAACUUCCAGGAUCUCCUUUUUAAUGAUACAGCAGCCAAAUUAAACCAAGGACCGCCAGGCCCUAUGGGCCCUGAAGGCUUGCCAGGCAGAGCAGGAUUCCCUGGCCCAAGGGGACCAAAAGGUGAAAUUGGGUUUCCUGGUGUUCAAGGACCUCUAGGACUGAAGGGAGAAAAGGGGGAGCCAGGCACAUCCAUAGCUGCUGAUGGCUCACUAAUAGCAGGCACGAGAGGACCCAGAGGACCGAAAGGAAUCAAGGGAGAUAUCGGUCCCGCUGGACAGCCUGGGAUUGUGGGGCCAAUUGGACCAACUGGACAAAAAGGAGGAUAUGGAAUUCCUGGUCGACCAGGUCGGCCUGGAGUAGUUGGAAGGAAAGGGGACAAGGGAGAUUCUAGUGGUCCACCUGGUCCACCUGGUCCACCUGGUCCACCUGGGUAUCCAGGGCCACCAGGACGAGUGAUUGGCCUCAAUGGAACAGUUUUCCCAGUUCCUCCUAGACCACACUGCAAAAUACCAGCCAACAACAACAAUUCACAACAAGACUAUGGAAGAGUGUCAUCUGGAGUCAAAGGGGAGAAGGGUGAUAUGGGAAAACCAGGGUUGCCAGGAGUUCCAGUGCCUAUGUUUCCUGAUGAUUAUGUGGGUGCUAAAGGUGAUAAUGGCUACAAAGGGCAAAAGGGAGAGAAAGGGGAUCCAGGUUUGCCUGGCCCUCCAGGGAUCCCUGGAAGAGCAGGCCUUGUGGGACCUAAAGGGGACUCUAUUGUUGGCCCUCCUGGAGACACUGGUCCCCCUGGCCUGCCAGGAGUGCCUGGUUAUGGAAGUCCAGGACCUCAAGGGCCACCAGGACAACCUGGGCCACCAGGUAUCCCAUCGGCAUAUGGCUCAGCUGCGAAUCUCCCUGGACCUCCAGGUCCUCCAGGGCCGCCCGGCGCUUCUGGCCAUGGAAACCCUGUGAGCACGUACAAAAACAUUCAGACCAUGAUAAGAGAGACCAGUCAAGCUGCAGAAGGGACACUGAAAUAUGUUAUAGACAAGAGUGAACUGUACAUCAGGGUACAAGGGGGGUGGAAGAAAGUUGAGCUGGGAGAGCUUAUCCCAGUUCCCCAAGACAGUUCCUCAUCUGCUUUGUCACAAGGCCUGAGCAGACCCAGCGGCCGCAGUGUACCCAGACUUCACAGCCAGGAGUUAAAGAGCUUCCUGCCAGACUACAAUGUUCUUUCACACACUGCACACUCGAUGCCUGCGUUGCACCUGGUGGCACUCAAUGCCCCAUUUUCAGGAGACAUGCACGGAAUCCGAGGGGCAGAUUAUCAGUGUUACCAGCAAGCCCGUGCCAGGGGCCUCACAUCAACUUACAGAGCUUUCCUCUCCUCUCACCUACAAGACCUCUCCACCAUCGUCAAGAAAGGGGACCGCUUUAACUUGCCAGUGGUGAACCUCAACGGAGAAGUGCUCUUCGGCAGCUGGAUGAGUUUGUUCUCCGGCAACGGGGCUGUUUUUGAUCCACUUACUCCGAUUUACUCCUUCGAUGGACGAAAUGUCAUGACAGAUCAGGCUUGGCCUCAGAAACUGGUGUGGCACGGCUCGAGUACGGUGGGCAUCCGAAUGACAACUAACUACUGUGAGGCAUGGCGGACGGGUGACAUGGCGGUGACCGGACAGGCAUCUCUUCUCCAGACCGGCAGAUUGCUCGGGCAGCACACGCGUAGCUGCUCAAACCACUUCAUUGUGCUUUGCAUCGAGAACAGUUACAUCCAGGACCCUGGAAGGAACUAGAAAGCUGACCAUUUUAAAGUAAUGCAGACGUAGGGAGCAGUAGUAGCUGGACUGCUAGGGGAAAUAUCCAAUCUACUCUGUUAUUUUUAGGGAGAGAGCUCCUUUGAGAAGUGACAAGCCAGGGAAAACGGCACUGCAAUCAUGUUUCAGUACUUCUCUGAGCAUGAUGUAAAUAUGUAUAAAUCACCCACUGAUAUUGUUCAAUCGAAGACCCACAGCAUUUAUUCAACUAUUAGAAUACCAAAGAAUACCUCAGCCAGACAUUGAGCAAGUGUAGGUCCAUUGUUUGAGUUCACUGCAUUACUGUGUGUCUUCUCAAUUGGUCUUAGUCCCUCCCUAACAGUGACUAAUACAGAGUUUUGUGCGUGUGUAUAAUAUUAACUGCACAUUUAAAACCAUAACCAUAGAUCCACAUAAGAUCCUUUCUUUUAAUCAGAUUAAAUGCCAAUAUUUAGAUAUCAGUAUUUGGAUAUAAUCAAACCACCGAGUUUUGGAAGUUGUUAAAACACUGUAAUAAUAAUAAUUUCUUUGUUUUUUCUGUUUAGAGGGGGUUUUUUUACACCCGUGAAGCUACUUUCUGUGAACUUGCAUCUAAACUAGUAUUAAAUGGCAAUAUGUCUAAUUUAUAAUGUAAAAGCACAUAAAACUAAAACCCUGUCCCAUGUACAUACUUAAAUAGGCAUUCAUUUUUUCUAAAGUUGACAGUGGCCACAACCACAUUAUGAGUCUUCACUGUGUUUAAUCUUUCUAUGACAUGUUUAGAAAGACAAACUAGAAAAUUAAAUACAUUGUCAAUCUUCUAGAAGUCAGAUGAGUCCGAAACACUCAUGUAGAGAGCCCUCCCCCUUUCUUUUUUCCAUAUUUUAAUGGUGCUCAGUGAAUAAAUGUUUUGUUUUAUAA